AUGGAAGAAGAAAUUCCAACUACCUAUACAAGUAUGAAGAUGGAUGUUGACGAAAUAGUGGAAUAUUACAUAAGAUAUGGUAAUGGCCUAGGAUUUCCCAUAAAAAGAAGAACAUCGUCAAAGGGAGAUGAUGGAGAGCUAAGAUUUGAGACAUUUGCGUGUUCUCGCUCGGGAAAGUCAAAAUCUACAUCAAAAAAUGCCUUCCAAAUGCGUCUAAUCACUAAAAUUGAUUGUAAAGCUAAGUUGAGAGCAACAAUAUGUCCCGAUGGCAUGUGGUGA